CCGCCCCGCGAGCAUGGACGCCCCGGAGCGGCAGCCGGACCCCGACGGCGGGGGCGCCCCAGGUCACGAGCCCGGGGGCAGCCCCCAAGACGAGUUCGACUUCUCCAUCCUCUUCGACUAUGAGUAUUUGAACCCCAUCGAAGAAGAACCGAAUGCACAUAAGGUCGCCAGCCCACCCUCCGGACUCGCAUACCCCGAUGAUGUCCUGGACUAUGGCCUCAAGCCAUACAGCCCCCUCCCCAGUCUCCCUGGCGAACCCCCCGGCCGAUUCGGAGAGCCGGAUAGGGUAGGGCCGCAGAACUUUCUGAGCGCGGCCAAGCCAGCGGGGCCCUCGGGCCUGAGCCCUCGGAUCGAGAUCACUCCAUCUCACGAACUGAUGCAGGCAGGGGGCCCCCUCCGCGGGAGAGACACUGGCCUGCUGGGGGAGCAGCCGGCCCUGGCCGGCGUGGCCGGCAGCCCGCGGUUCACCCUGCCCGUGCCCGGCUUCGAGGGCUACCGCGAGCCGCUUUGCUUGAGCCCCGCUAGCAGCGGCUCCUCUGCCAGCUUCAUUUCCGACACCUUCUCCCCCUACACCUCGCCCUGCGUCUCGCCCAAUAACGGCGGGCCCGACGACCUGUGUCCCCAGUUUCAAAACAUCCCUGCUCAUUAUUCCCCCAGAACCUCGCCAAUAAUGUCACCUCGAACCAGCCUCGCUGAGGACAGCUGCCUGGGCCGCCACUCGCCCGUGCCCCGUCCGGCCUCCCGCUCCUCGUCGCCUGGUGCCAAGCGGAGGCACUCGUGUGCCGGGGCCUUGGCCGCCCCGCUGCCCGGAGCCUCGCCCCAGCGCUCCCGGAGCCCCUCGCCGCAGCCCCGGGACGACGGCGCCCCGGCCGGCUACCCCCCCGCGGCCGGCUCUGCCGUCCUCAUGGACGCCCUGAACAGCCUCGCCGCCGACUCGCCCUGCGGCAUCCCCCCCAAGAUGUGGAAGACGAGCCCCGACCCGUCGCCCGUGUCUGCCGCCCCGCCCAAGGCCGGCCUGCCCCGCCACAUCUACCCGGCCGUGGAGUUCCUGGGGCCCUGCGAGCAGGAGGAGGGCAGGAGCUCGGCCCCCGAGUCCAUCCUGCUCGUGCCGCCCACCUGGCCCAAGCAGCUGGUGCCAGCUAUUCCCAUCUGCAGCAUCCCAGUGACCGCAUCCCUCCCUCCGCUUGAGUGGCCACUCUCCCACCAGUCAGGCUCCUAUGAGCUGCGGAUUGAGGUGCAGCCCAAGCCACAUCACCGGGCCCACUAUGAGACAGAAGGCAGCCGAGGAGCUGUCAAAGCUCCAACUGGUGGCCAUCCUGUCGUUCAGCUCCAUGGCUACAUGGAAAACAAGCCCCUGGGUCUUCAGAUCUUCAUUGGGACAGCUGAUGAGCGGAUCCUUAAGCCCCAUGCCUUCUACCAGGUGCACCGGAUCACAGGAAAAACCGUCACUACCACCAGCUAUGAGAAGAUUGUGGGCAACACCAAAGUCCUGGAGAUCCCUCUGGAGCCAAAAAACAACAUGAGGGCGACCAUUGAUUGUGCGGGGAUCCUGAAGCUUAGGAACGCUGAUAUCGAGCUGCGGAAGGGUGAGACGGACAUUGGCAGGAAGAACACGCGGGUGCGGCUGGUCUUCCGAGUGCACAUCCCAGAGUCCAGUGGGAGGAUCGUCUCCCUGCAGACAGCAUCUAACCCCAUCGAGUGCUCCCAGCGAUCCGCCCACGAGCUGCCCAUGGUGGAGAGACAAGACAUUGACAGCUGCCUGGUUUAUGGGGGCCAGCAGAUGAUCCUCACCGGACAGAACUUCACCGCCGAGUCCAAAGUCGUGUUUACUGAGAAGACCACAGAUGGGCAACAAAUUUGGGAGAUGGAAGCCACGGUGGAUAAAGACAAGAGCCAGCCAAACAUGCUUUUUGUUGAGAUCCCCGAAUAUCGAAACAAGCACAUCCGUGCAUCGGUGAAGGUGAACUUCUAUGUCAUCAAUGGGAAAAGAAAACGAAGUCAACCUCAGCACUUUACCUACCACCCAGUCCCAGCCAUCAAGACGGAGCCCACCGACGAAUACGACCCCACCUUGAUCUGCAGCCCUGCCCACGGGGGCCUGGGGAGCCAGCCUUACUACCCACAGCACCCGAUGGUGGCGGAGUCCCCCUCCUGCCUCGUGGCCACCAUGGCGCCCUGCCAGCAGUUCCGCUCGGGGCUCUCGUCCCCCGAUGCCCGCUACCAGCAGCAGAACCCGGCGGCCGUCCUCUACCAGCGGAGCAAGAGCCUGAGCCCCAGCCUGCUGGGUUACCAGCAGCCGGCCCUCAUGGCCACCCCCCUGUCCCUGGCGGACGCCCACCGCUCGGUGCUGGUGCAUGCUGGCUCCCAGGGCCAGGGUUCCACCCUGCUGCACUCGUCUCCCGCCAACCAGCAGGCCUCGCCGGUGAUCCACUACUCGCCCACCAACCAGCCGCUGCGCUGCGGCGGCCACCAGGAGUUCCAGCACAUCAUGUACUGCGAGAAUUUCGCACCCGGCACCGCCAGGCCCGGCCCACCUCCCGUGAGUCAAGGUCAGAGGCUGAGCCCGGGGUCCUACCCCACGGUCAUCCAGCAGCAGAACGCCACCAGCCAAAGAGCCGCCAAAAACGGACCCCCGGUCAGUGACCAAAAGGAAGUAUUACCUGCAGGAGUGACAAUUAAACAGGAGCAGAACUUGGACCAGACCUACUUGGAUGACGAGCUGAUAGACACACACCUUAGCUGGAUACAAAACAUAUUAUGAAACAGAAUGACUGUGAUCUUUGAUCCGAGAAAUCAAAGUGAAAGUUAAUGAAAUUAUCAGGAAGGAGUUUUCAGGACCUCCCGCCAGAAAUCAGACGUAGAAGAUGCCAUUAGCAAGACACCUUCCGUAUCUGACCCCCUGGAGCCUUCCACUGCCCUCACCUCUGUUUCCUUUCCUGUUACAUCUCCCGGCCCGGAGGCCACCCGCGGGACACGGUUGUGGCAGAAAGCUGACUCGAUUCAGGAGCUCGCCACCUCUCGGUGUCCACACCAGAGAGAACACUCUGCCUUUUGAUUUGUGUCUUAAAUCCCAGAGAGCAUCUCGGUUGACUUUCAUGGUGUCCCGUCCAAACCUUAAGUGCCUGCUGACCAAAACCACAUUCUGAACAAGACAGCGCGCUGGAGCGGCCCUGAGGACGGCGAGAGCGGAGCUGGGGGCGCGGGCUGGGGUGGGGGAAUGGAAGACCUGGGCCCCGUGAUUAAACCCCAGCCCUGCCUUCAUUUUUCCAGGUCACAGAUACAGCUCCUGUACCUUUUGAAGGAAAGGAGUUUUCACACAGAGCCACCAAAGGAACGUGACCCGAGAGCCUGGCUUCCAGGCCGAAGCAAAACAGCAGCUGGACUGUCACCCUUAGGGACUGACUGCCUCUCCCAGGCCGCGGUCGGGCCAUGGCUCCAGCCUUAUUUUUUGGUUUUCUCCUGAAGCAAAAACGCUCUGGCCCCCCCACGACAUUACCUGUUCAAACUCAGCGUUAAGUUAUGACAUGUGUCCACGCUUUUAUGUUGGUCUCCGCUGCAAAAAGCUGGCCACGGGUGGCUGGAGGAGGAGCUCUCAGGGCCAGCUGCCCGUCACCCCUGCAGCCAGCCGUGGGGACUGGAAGCAGGGACCCCGGGCCCUGGAGCAAGCGCCCGUCUUCCGCAGCCCUGCAACCCAGUGGCUUUCUGCUAAGUCUCGCUUGCCUUCUUCCUAGCGGCCAGACUGCUUUUCCAUAAACUAGUGAAGGAGAAUCUCCAGCGUGUGCAUUGAAUGUUGAGAAGGAAUCGUAGAAGAGCUACAGCAAGCAAAAGAAAAAAAGAAAGAAAAAAUUAAACAGCACAGGUAUUUUUUUGUGAAGUGUGAAAUGAGGCAACUGGCCGGCCUAAGUGUUUCUCUGAGUGGGUUCCCCCACGACAAGGGCUGGAUUCCCUCUCUCUGGCCUAGACUUAAAGUGAGACAACAAGCUCAGGCUUUAGCCCCAAAGUUCAUUGGUUAUUUUUUUUUUUUUAACCUGCACCCUUUUAAAGCGCCCCCGCCCCAAGACCUGUCUGCAUUAGCUGCUGCUUCUGCAUCGAAGAGAAUCAGCCCACGUGCAUCCCUCACUUGGAAGGAGCUCUGCCCAGACUGGUCAUAUGGGGAUCUUCUCCCCACUUGUCUCCCCUGCAUACACCGAGUCCUCAAGAGUCUUCCUCCUUUGGUGCAGUUUUUGCAAACACACAAAACUCUCAAAAGUUGCCCGCAGGGGCGGUUCUCAUCACACAGAGGUGUUCCUGUUUGCAUUUAUUGUGGGCACCCUGGGACAAGCCAGGGAUUCCUUUUCCGCCAUUCGGUUUCUUCCCCAGUAAAUCAGCACAGAAUGUAAAUAUUCCUGGCUCUCUUCGGAAGGCUCCACUUAGGGAUUUCUCAGUCUGCAAAUCUGCCAGGUAGGAGCCCAGGAAGAGAAUCGUGGCCGUUAAGGGCUCGUUGUGGGUUUUCCAAGUCCUGGCUUUCUUGUCAAGGUGACAUAGAGGUUAAACCUUGCUCAUAGCUUGACCAGGAGCCUGAGGCUCGGUGACUACGGCCCAGUGGUGGGCCUGGUGCUCCAGAGAGAGGACCGGACACCCCCGGCUGUGACCUUUCAAUCAAGACCUAGCUUUUAUUUUCCCCCAACAGCUGGGGACCUCUCUUCAAGCACAAAGUUUGGCAAAAUCCUCUUCCAUACAAAAUGCCAGUAAGAACUUGUCAUUGCAGAGCUUGUGGGAUGUGAAAUUCUUCCUAAUAAAAAGACUCCUUAUACCAGCAGCUUUACCUAAAGCAUUCUCUCUCCAGCAAUAUUGACUUUCCUGGGGAAGAGUUUAAGUGUUUGGUGAGUGAUCUGGUCUCACUUGACCUGGCUAGGAACUUUUUUUUUUUUUUUUUUUUUUUGCACAUGAGGGAACUUGGCCUUUCCUUGGUUAUCUGAAUGUUCUACCCAAGUGCCUUCCUGCUAUUGUAGCAAACUUGCUCUGCUUCAUCGUACGUGGAUGGGCCGAACAAGGGCUAACGUGUUUUCCAUCAGUCUCCUGUCGGUGAACAGGGCCUCCCGCCUAGUUCAGACACUUGUACGGAUCCACCCACAUAUGUACGUGUGUGUGUCUAAUGUACACACAAGCUUUUUCUAAGACCUCCUAGCUGGAUAGUAGAGGAAGCACUUUCAUAAACAACUCUACCGAAUAACAAAGGAAAGAGAAACCAAAGCAUUAGUUUGAGACCUAAACAGGUAAGAGAAUGUGUAUCAGGAGCCGACAGCUAUCAAGAAAGUUGGGUCGGUAACAAUUGCCAGGAGGAAGUUUUGCCAAGAGGAAUUGCUCAUGAAAUAUUUUUCAGUCUGGGAAGAGGCAAUAAGAUCCUCUAAGAGAAGGAGAAAAUAAGGAUGUCUAAGUGGUAAAGAUGUGUGUGUUGCACGUGAUAGAAGGAUCUCAGGUCGAGGUUUGCACUUGCUACAUCCAAGGUAAUGUAAAUAUGUAGCACUGCCAACAGGAAUCUACCGUGUUGCUGAAUGUAGUAUAUUUCCAAAGUUUGCAAGUCUUCCUGUAUUGUACAAAAAUAUUGCUGCUUGAUAAUAUAUAAGAGCAAUCCAAAUUAGUAGGUUAUUAAAUUUUAUUUUCUUAUCUGUAUUUUUAUGCUUUUUAUCUGUCCUGAAAAUAUCACACAACACCCCCUGUUGGAAUCAGAAAAUAUUUAUAAAUGGUUGAAAUCUUUUUCAAGUGUUACUUUUUACAUACAUUGAUGAUUUCUUUCCCCUAAGGGAAAUGAUGUAUUCUUGAAAUUUUGUAAUUCAUUCUAGCAAAAAAAAAAAGAAAAAAAAAAAAAAGAAAAACAACAAAAAACAAAAAGCAAAAACAAACCAAAGCAAAACACAAAAACCCACCUCCGAGUCUGUCGAGUCACCUGAGUCGUAGAAGAAAGUGUCUCUGGAGUAAGGGAUGGCUUUGUAGAAGAAGGAACCUUCUAAUUGUUGCUUGAGAGGACACGGACUUCAGCUCUGAGCCUUCCUCUGGUCACGGAGGAGAAUUGUGAAGUGUUGAGAUUCCCCCAAAGCAGUAGUCCAGGAGGUGAUUUUGAUUUAAAAACAAAACUGCCUGUGUUGUGAUGGGAUUCUGGAAAAUGUUCACAGAACCCUAAGGGCAGGCUCAUGUUUACAGAGCUGACCAAAUCCUGGUAGGUAACCCCCAUACGCAUUAUCUAAAGGACCUGCAGAGUUUUCCAGCAUAGACACACCCUAGAUGAAUCAGAUUGAUUCCUUCUAGAAACUGGGAAGCACUGAUGUGGCCUUUCUUGUUUACAUCCAGUAGCCAAGACGUCGGUCUCAGGAAGCCAGCCUUGGCCAGUGUGGGAGCUGUCACAUUUAGAUUGGAAGCUGAUGUGUUCUACUUGUCACUCUGAACUAAAGGGAGGGCUGAAUGUGUUUAUUUUCAUGUCAAACACUUUCCAAGUGCUUUCUAUUGUCCAGAAUUGAAAGACUGUCAGAGGUCCGGCUAACAGUUUUUGUUCAUGUUUACAAGAGGCAUGGGGGUUGUGACACUCUUGAUAAGCUGGGCUACACUUUCCUGCACUCAUUUUUUUUGGAGGGAUAACCCUUUAGCAGGUACCACCCAACACAUCCUAACCUCCCAUCUCCCAAGCCUGGAGCUUGGGCAAUAAAUCUCAUGGAGCCAAAGCAGCCAAUGCAAGUGUUUUCCUGCAUUCCAGCUACAGAAGGAUCACACAGAACCGGGACUGCAAACAUCAAUUACCCUCAGCUUUCAGGAGUACCUGGAGUUACAACCACCAUCACCAUCUUAACUCAGUUUGUUUAAAAACAAACGUUUCUGUGAUUGGUAAACUAGAGAUGGUCCCUAAAGCAAGCCCCUCUGAAAAGGAGAUGGGGUGCUGGGUGCUGGAAAAAAAUCAUUUAACACUGCCUUGAUGCGGCUGUUAGCAGACCAAACGCCUGCCUGGUUCAGGGUUUGGAUGCAAAGGCCACUGUUUCCAGCAGAGCAGGUGCCUUCAGCAUUGCGAUUGGCUCGAGCAGACAGAGGCUUUGGUUAGAACAAGCUUAGCAUCCUGAGCAUCUUGUUAAAGAACCUUCCUUACUCCCAUUGCCUCUACAGCCCUUAGAGGGGAGAAAUGUUGACAACGCCCUAAUUAGUUCUCUAACAAAUACAAAGAAUGCUCUCCAACGGGGUGGUGCUAGAAGGCUUAGGAUUUUCGAAAUCUUGACUGUUAAAGAAGUUUGAAUACAUCACAUUCCUAUGCAAAAUGUUUUUAAUCUCCAGUUUAAUGUAGUUUAUUUUUGCUAUAUGUAAAGUAUUUUUAUACGGCUUGUAUCAUGAUAGUUUAGCAAUAAAACAGUUGAAAGCAA